GACUAACUGGGCCCUGCCAUCCUCCUCCCGGUCACUUCGGUCAUAUCGGUCACAUCAUACCACGCUCCAUCUCUCUCGCUCCCCCCUCCCAUCCGCCUCCCACUUUCCCCCCCCCCACCACCUCAGCACCUAUCGCAUUCCAGCCUAACAGGAUGUCCCGAUCCGCUGCCGACGCGACCCGGUUCACGGCCACCGGGCCCUACGCCCACUCCAAGCCCGGUUCCGCGGCUCCCUACAAGCUCCCCAGCUCCAUGGCCCAGUCGGGACCGAGCCCCAGCUCUCAGCCGCAUCUGGGCCCCGGCGGCAAGCCGGAGACGCCCAAGGAGAAGGUUGAGCGGUUGAGAGCCCAGGCCCGCGCGGCCCGGUUAGCUCAGUCGACGUCGCGGGUGGACAACAUGAUCGAGAUCGGUCGUCGGUUUGCGAACAAGGCCCACAAGACCAUGGUUUACACGCUCAUUGCUGCGUCGGGUGUCUGCGGUGCUCUGACGGUGUACUCCGUCAUCUCUCUAACGCUAUACAACCGUCGCCAGCGGGCUCUGUGGGUGGAGAAGGAGCUGCAGAGGCUGCAGGAUGCGAAGACGGCAUACGCCGACGGUACCGCGACCUCCGAGCAAUUGGAGCUGCUGAAGAAUGAGAAGAUCGGUGAGAUCUUCCAGCAGAAGAAGGAGGAGGCCAAGGCACAGCGCCCCUGGAACCAGGUCAAGCAGUACUUGCUCGGGGGAUUGAAGCAGGAUGAGAAGGCUCCCAAUACCAGCUCCAUCCCCGAUAGCGUGUUGGAUGACGCCAACAACAACAAGCCCGGAGUUUUGGAGGCCCUGAACGCAAAGGCUGCGGAGGAUGCCAAGGCUGCGGUUCCCGCUGCCUCGAAGGGACAGCUGGAUACACUUGCAGAGAAUGCCGAAGAUGCCGCGAAGCAGACAACGCGAAGCUGGAAGAGCUGGUUCACCGGACGGUGAAGAAAACCGUCAUGGGGGAAAAAGGGAAGAUAGAGGCGGAGUGAAAGAGGAGGGAAGGGAAAACAAGGAAUCGCAGAGAUGACGCCUAUGCCGGCCAUCCGACUUUCCUGUUGUUUCUGGUUUGCAUGGCAUCGUCCUUUUAUUCCUGUCUUCCACAUCCGGGGUUGCGGCGUCUGUUCGGGUUGUCUUUCUGCUGUAUGCGUAUUUGCCCUUGCGUUCCCGAUCCUGUGUAUUACUGGGUUAGGUUGUGUUCUCUUGUGUACAUAUACAUCUAUUUUCUCUCUCGUGUCUUGGUUACAAGCGCCGUCGACUGUGGCAGAACCGCAAAAUGUAAUCCCAAUCCAUAGACUCUUCAAUCCAUUGUGCAUCCAUACGGGC